AUGAAUUCCCCAAAAAUUGUCGAAUUCGCAGAUCCAAAAUUUGGAAGCGUCACAGAUAUUUUGGGAAUUAUUUUGUUUGUUAUUGGAUUUUUAAUUGAAUCUAUUGCAGAUAUUCAUAAGGUAUCUGAUUUUUUUUAUAGUACUUUGUUCUUGGAAUUUCCCAUAUAUCGAUUUGACCCAGAAUCGGAAGGUGAUCUGGUCAAAAAAGAUAAAAAUAAAAAUGUGGGAGAUAAGGAUAAAAAUGUGGGAGAUAAGAACGUUUAA